AUUUAUUCUUAAAGGAGCCGCAGCGCUUCUGACUUCCGGGUGUGAAGGGUGUCGGGGUAGUGGAGGACAAGCAGGAGGGCAUGUUUACCUGCCCGGGUGUGGGAGGGGCCCAGGACUUGCCACAUGCCCUGACAGCUAGAAAACAAUGGAGGAAAAGGAAUCCCGAGGCGAGGUACAGGACGGCGAAACCUCCAAGGUAGAGCCCGCCCGCUGCGCCUCCUCCACCGCCGCCAAGAACCUCGCCAUCCUCAAGGAGCGCUCCUUCGAUGUCAACUUUGACGUUGGCGAUGAGUAUGAGAUCAUCGAGACCAUCGGCACCGGCGCCUACGGCGUGGUGUCAUCUGCGCAGAGAAAAGACACCGGUCAGAAGGUCGCCAUCAAGAAGAUCCCUAACGCCUUUGAUGUGGUGACCAAUGCCAAGCGCACCCUGAGAGAGCUGAAGAUCCUGAAGCACUUCAAACACGACAACGUCAUCGCCAUCAAGGACAUCCUGAGGCCGGCCAUCCCCUACUGCGACUUCAAGUCCGUAUACGUGGUGCUUGACCUCAUGGAGAGCGACCUCCACCAGAUUAUCCACUCCUCGCAGCCGCUGACCUUAGAGCAUGCCCGCUACUUCCUGUACCAGCUGCUGCGGGGUCUGAAGUACAUCCACUCUGCCAACGUCCUGCACCGGGACCUGAAGCCGAGUAACCUUCUGAUCAAUGAGAACUGCGAGCUGAAGGUCGGAGACUUUGGGAUGGCGCGGGGGCUCUGCACUAAGCCCGAUGAGUACAAGUACUUUAUGACAGAGUAUGUGGCCACCCGCUGGUACCGCGCCCCCGAGCUGAUGCUGUCUCUGCAUGAGUACACCCAGGCCAUAGACAUGUGGUCAGUGGGCUGCAUCUUCGCUGAAAUGCUGGGGCGCAAGCAGUUAUUCCCCGGGAAGAACUACAUCCACCAGCUGCAGCUCAUCAUGACCGUGCUCGGGACACCGUCCAGCCAAGUCAUCCAUGCCAUCGGUGCGGAAAGGGUGCGAGCCUACAUCCAGAGCCUACCUUCUCGUCAGCCGGUGCCAUGGACGGACCUGUACCCUCAAGGAGACCGCAAAGCCCUCAACCUCUUGUCCAAAAUGUUGCGGUUUGACCCAAGGGAACGGAUUUCUGUGCGGGAAGCCCUGCGCCACCCUUUCUUGUCUAAAUACCACGACCCAGAUGACGAGCCGGAAUGUGUGCCUGCUUUUGACUUUGGCUUUGACAAGAAGAUCUUGACCAAAGAGCAGAUUAAAGAGGCCAUUGUGGCAGAAAUUGACAACUUCCACCGCCGGCGAGAAGGCAUCCGUCGGCAGAUCAGCUUCAAACCUGCCUUAAAACCCGCAGUAGAGGGGCCAAGUCCAGAGACUGUGGUGAGAGAAGAAGACUUCCACUCACCACCACUUCCUCCACCCUCAGGAGGACUGGAUGUGGACAUGCCUAGUGCUAACUCUGCCAAGGACAGGGUGGACUUUCCUAUGGAGUCGCCUAGAGUUUCCGAGAAGCUGGAGACCAUCGACCUAACGUCUCCUGUGGAGAGCGAAGACUCGGCACCACAGCUGGUAAAGGAAGAGGUGAAAGAGGAGGCGCCGGGCAUUAAAACCGAUCCAGAACCUGUGCCAAAGAGAGAGGGCGCCAUAUCAGAUGAUACCAAGGCUGCACUAAAGGCUGCACUACUGAAAUCAGCCCUGCGGAAUAAAUCCAAAGAUGCUCCGUGUUUGGUUCCAGAAACGCCUGAAAUAAAGAAACCAAUAACAGCCCAGGAACGUCAGCGGGAACGUGAAGAGAAGAGGAGGCGACGUCAAGAGCGUGUUCGGGAGAAAGAGAAGAAGCAGAAGGAGAAGGAACGUCGUGACAUAAGGAAAGCGGAAGGAUUUGGAGGGCUGGUUCUGAGUGAAAAUGAUAAGAACCUUCUGGAGCGCUGGAACCGGAUGAUUGACCAGAACCAUCCGCCACCUCCACCUCCCAUCUGCCAAAAUGCCCCAGUACCAAAUCCAGCAGUGAUGUGCCCGGUCGCCCAGCCUCUUCCACCACAGACGGUCUUUGCUGUGACGAACAUUAAUCCAGUCCCUGAGGUCAGAAACCAGCAGAAUGGCAGCGUCACAACUCCGUCCGUUGCGCCCAACAUCCAGUUCAUUCCCCGCUGCUUAAAUCCCUGCCCUGUAUCUAACCUACUCCGGUAUGUGCCCCCGGCCCCUACAGCCUUCCAGAUUGGCCCGGUGGUGUUGGCGCCUCAUGUGAAGCCAGUGACUACUCCUGCUGCUCCACAACUUCCUGCAGAUGUGAAGUUUAUUGCUGGAGGACAAGUCUUACCCGGUCCUUUCCCUGCUCCUGCCCUGCUCAACCCAACGUGGAACAGAGGAGGGCAUGAAGAUGGCAGCUGGCCUGCGUCCGAUACCAGAGACAGGAAAAGCAGCUCCGUCACUGUGGAUCCUGCAUUGUUCCUGCGCAACUCUUCUGACCUGGAGCAUCCCCCGCAGCAGGUUUCUGGAAUGCCCUACCCUGGAGGAGCGGUGGUGGAUCGUCACAUCCAGGAGAACAAGUCCCAGGAGUUGCCACCUCUUCCAGCCGUCACCUUCAACACCACAGACGCCAACACUGUUUCUCCAGAUAUCAACCUGGUGACGCAGCAGCUGUCGAGGUCUCAGGUGGAGGAUGUGUUGCCCCCCGUUUUUUCUGUCACCCCCAAAGGAAGCGGCGCUGGAUAUGGGGUGGGCUUCGACCUGGAGGAAUUUUUGAACCAGUCCUUUGAGAUGGCUCCAGAAAACCGUGAGAGCCUGGUGGACUCCACUCCUCUGUCAGCAUCGCUCCUGGCCGACUGGCUGGAUGUUCAUCGCAUGAACCCCGCAGACUUGGCCAUUCUUCAGGAGGACCUUCAGCUGGGAUCUCCCAUGAGCCUGUCCGACAUUCCCGACCUCCAGGACGGCUGAGGAAUCGGGCGGAGGUCUUCACCGGAGCCUUUACAUUGUGACAAAGGGCAGCAUUUAUAUACGGAGGUGCCCUGCAUGAGCGGAGACCGCGCAGGAGAGGAGCAGCGGGUGCCCCCAGGACGGUUCGUCAGGUGAUAGGAAUAGAUGACGUCUAUGGAGGCCACGGCCGAGACCUCAGAAGUAUGAUGAUGAUGGAAUAGUGGCUGGUUCUUCCAGUGCCAUAAAUGAAGCCGCCCUCCACGAUCGGUUCUUCACAGCGGUUCUGGGAAUCCUGCUUUAUCCACCGACGCUGGGGACUGCGCACGGUGAGCUCUGCAUUAUCCACCGACCGCUGGGGACUGCGCACAGUGGGCACUGCAUUAUCCACCGACCGCUGGGGACUGCGCACAGUGAGCUCUGCAUUAUCCACCGACUCUGGGGACUGCGCACAGUGGGCCCUGCAUUAUCCACCGUCCGCUGGGGACUGCGCACGGUGGGCUCUGCAUUAUCCACCGACGCUGCGGACUGCGCACGGUGGGCUCUGCAUUAUCCACCGACGCUGGGGACUGCGCACAGUGGGCUCUGCAUUAUCCUCCGCCUUGUACCAGGGCGUGUGCCCACACUGACCCGACUAUCACGUGGUGCUGCGGACCUUUUCCAGUCCAUGCGGUUUCGGUUCCUGAUUUUUCUUAACUUGUUAAUAAAGUUUUAUUUAUUC